AUGGUGGUAAAAGGAGAAGAUGGAGGAUCAACGACUCGGAAGGCAAAAACAAUAGCAAUGGGUGAAAGCACGAGUAAAAAAGCCAAUAGCCCCUUCCGAACUAAGCAAAAGCCGCCAACAACAACCGAAGCUCAAAGACCAAAAAAGCCUAAAACCAACAAUUGUCAAACAAUAAAGGCACCCAAGGGCAAAGAUGAGUAA